GCAACGGCGAGCCGCAGAGGUGGAGGGCGUCGGCAGCGGUGGGUGUGCAGAGGAUGGGGUCGGUUCUGCUGCAGUAGAAGAAUCAAAGGACUGGGAUAUGAAAUGAUGAUAUAAUUUGAUAUAGCCAAGCAACCACUUCUCCUGAGUCAGCAUGUUAAAAAAUAAGGGUCAUUCAUCUAAACAGGAUAACUUAGCAGUCACUGCAGUGGCUUUACAAGAUCACAUUUUACAUGAUCUUCAACUUCGAAAUCUUUCAGUAGCAGAUCAUUCUAAGACAAAGGACAAAUGUACAAACGUACAUUCUUGGACAGAGAACAGAUCCAAGUCUCUAAAAAGAAAUACAAAAGCAAUAAUAGAUACUGGACUUAAAAAAACCACACAAGGCCCUAAAGUGGAAGAUCCAGAAAAAGAAUACGUUCUUGAUCCAAAACCACCACCAUUAACUUUAGCACAGAAGCUGGGCCUCUUUGAACCUCCCCCAUUGCCACUGUCAUCAGAUGAAUGGGAAAAAGUGAAGCAAAGAUCCGUCCUGCAAGGGGCGUCCAUGCAGCCGUGCCCAAUAUGCAAAGAAGAAUUCGAACUUCGCCCGCAGGUGCUGCUUUCAUGUUCCCAUGUGUUCCACAGGGCAUGCCUUCAGGCUUUUGAAAAGUUCGCAAAUAAAAAAACCUGUCCUCUCUGUAGAAAGAACCAGUAUCAAACCAAAGUGAUUCACGACGGGGCCCGGCUCUUCAGAAUAAAGUGUGCGGCCAGGAUCCAGGCCUUCUGGAGGGGACACGUGGUCAGGAAGUGGUACCGGGAGCUGAGGAGGACGGUGCCGCCCACGGACGCCAAGUUGAGGAGAAAGUUCUUUGAAGCAAAGCUUUCUGUUAUGUGCCUCAUACAAAAAAGCCAGGCCCAGAGGAAGGAGCAGCUCCCCGGGCCGCGGUCCCCGGUCUGCCCUCCCCAGCUCUGCGGCUUCAGGCCAACAGCUGCAGCUGUGGCCUCAGAGUCUGCGCCUGUGAUGUGAAGCCAGUAAUCCCUCCCUGCAGAGCUGCUCCAACCCUGAGAGUCGCAGCACACAGUAGGCACCUGAAAAUUUGUAUCUAUUACAAAUGUUAACAUAUUGUUCAAGUUAAUCUUUAUGCUGUUUUAGAUUUAGGGCUAGUCCACACUUCUUUAGGAUAGCACUGUAUGAGAGUACGGUAUUCUGACGAUGUGACCCUCAAAUCACUGAGAUAAAACUCACAGUCACGCUUCCCUGUUACGGUUAUUUGUGGAAGCAUCACUCACACAUUUAUUUCGAUCUUUUCUAAACGUACCUGUCUUUUGGGCUGCACUCCCAUGUGGAACAAUGAGUGAUAGAAAAUUACCCUUCACUGUGUGCGGGAUCCCCUUUCUUCCGCUGUGUGACUUCCGUGGGCGUGUGAAGCGUAAGGACCUUGGCCCCGUGCAGCUGCCAUCAACACAUCGCCCCCGUGCUGUCGUGCGACCCCCGGCCUGACCUCAGGCCGCCGGGCUGCUGUCUGUGCGUCUCCUUCUCUGGCAUCUUGCAACUUCGCCCGCCCUCUGUGUGCCGGGGUGGGAGGUGUGAGGGGGCUUCUUCACAGUGUCCCAGGACUGCACGGGAAUCCUGAGUAAGAGGAUUGAGGCUCGACUCUAAAGCAGUGCGAUAAUAGAUCUUUUUUCUAAUACCCUUCCUGAUCGCUUAGGUAACUGUUCCAGGCAAGGUGGCUAUCAGUAUGUGCAAAAGAAAAUCAGAGUCAUGGCUUACGUGAUGUCUGUGCCUCAGACUUACCAAGAAAAUAUACUUGAUUUGCCCUCAGGAGUAGGAGACCAUUAAAGGCAGUAUGUGAGCAAAUGGCCUUAAAAUACUGUGGAUCUUGAUGACGGAGGUUGAACAGUGGGUGGAGAGAUUUGCUUCUGUGGCGCCGGCCGGCUGGAGAUGCCCACGGUGCUGUCCCCUGUCCUGGCUCUAGGAGGCGCCCCUCUGGCAGGGUGGGCAGUUCCUGCAGCCGCUCUGGCCUUUGGAGAAGUCGGGGGCAGAAGCAGGGGGGUGAGAGGCUGUGAUCGAGAAUCUGGGAUUCUACCUUGUUUUCUCCUAGUCAUUCACACCCCUUCCAGCAGGACGGGGCGCAGAGGACGUCUGGGACAGGGGAUGGGGUCCUGUUCUGUUGCACUUCUGAUCAUUUAGUAGAUGACUCUUGCAAUUUGAUGAUUUUUCCUACCUUUUCCAACUUGAUGGAGCUCACAUGCUGAGCUAUAGGCAUGAUCUAGGAAGCGUUAAUCCACAACUUUAAAAUGCCAAUGUGCUUUAAUGGAAUUUGAAAGAUGAUUGAACUAGGUCACUGAAUUUCAUUUUACCCAGGAUUCUAUAGAUAUGUCCAGACUAUAUGGACGCACACAAACAACAGUUUGAGAACUAUAUGUCAGGAAAUUACUGUAAGCUAUUGGGUGAACAACUGUCGAGGAACUGGAUUUUCACACAAUCUCAAAGAAUCAUCCCACACAUCAGUGAGAAUUUAUAAAGAGAAUGAGAAGUCUGCACACUGGAAAGGUCUGGAAGACAUCUUCGCAGCCCAGUGACCACCACUAGCUGCACAGAGUGACCCAUGGGUCUCUCACGUGCAUGGGGAGCACUGGGACCGAACACUGCCUUUGCACGUUCACGCCAAAGCUGCUUCACCUGAACCCAGUCAUGCGGACACACGUAGCCAGGUAAAUCCAAAGUGAGGACUAUUCCGCAAAGCAGCUGACUUCAAUUGUAAAAUGUUAUAAAGAAAAGAAGAGGAAUGUUCUAGAACAAAGCUGUCUGAGAGAUAUAACAUUUAAAUGUAAUGAGAGGUCUUUGAUUGGAU